AUGGAUGCGCGUAUAGAAGUCCUCAGCUCAUCACUCGUGCCCUUGGAGGAAGAGCCAGUGCCAUCGACUUGCUUGAGAGUGCAUGCCAGAGUCAAGGUUGCCCAGGAGGCAUCGACAGCAAGAACCCCCUUCGAAAAUGUCGCCCUCCGCUUGCUUGGAGCAGUUGUAACAGAGGUUGGGUCUCGCGCAGCCACCGAAAAGAUUUUCGAGAUCACAAAAGAGCGACGAUGGGAGGAGGACUUCGUUGCUAGCCCUACCAAAGGCUCUCGCCCCGUCGCAUCCAGCUUCACCGAUGUGUCGUUCUGCAUAUUGCCCAAGCCGGGUUCUGUCGAUCCGGAUUCGAGCCACUCCUUCAUUCCAUCGUUGAGACUCGACGGACAAACAUAUAUCACAACCAGUGACGUCCUAAGCAGUCAGCAGCUAGUGAAAGGGAAAUGCAAAGUUCUGUACUGGAUCGAAGCAGACUUUAGGCGAGGCAAGGACGUCGUCCGAAAUCUGAAAUGCCCCAUCGAUAUCUCCAAGGCAGCAGCACCGCUUCAACUGCAAGUCUCUGCCAAUUCCAUGUCUGAGCAUAUUGCCGUGGAUAUGAAGCCGCUCAGGUGGUCCAUGGUAAUGAGAGGCUGGCCUUUGAGGCCCGUCCAAGGCAAAGGAACAAGGCCGAAGAUGUCAAUCCACUUACCAAAAGAUCUCGGCCUCGUAUACGGCACCAGAGCGCAUUGCGACACCAGAUUCCAGAUGGUUGCAGUACCACUGCUGUUCGUGGUGAAGCGCCCGGCGAGCUCCAGCCAUACAAUGCACGACAUCAUGGGUAACCUCUUACCGAAGCUCUCAGUGGAAGCUAUGUGGCACACUGAGAAGAUUUUCUCGACAUCCAACUUGGCGAAUCGGCAUAUUCAGAAGGGGACCGUCCAGUCUUGCAAGAUCACCCAGAAGUCGGUAGUGAAGCAAAAGCAGGUAUUGAAGUUGCCUCCAUUCUAUCAGCAAAAGCCUGGCGAGACGCUUGUUGGUGAGGCGGAACAGGAAUUCUCGGCAUCUGCAACGCUUGAAAUGCUCCUCCCGGAUACCAUCAAGAGCCCGUCGAUCACCACAGGGCUGCUACGAGUGUCGUAUCAGCUGGAGCUGCUCUUCACGCUUGAGGACGAAGGCCACGGUAGUAUCCUGCCAUGCAGAGCAUCAUUGAAAGUCCCCCUUAUCAUUGAGUCGACUUAG